AUUUAUUUUUUUAGUGAUAUUUAUAUUAUACUAUAUUCUCUAAUUUUCAUCAACAUAUUUAUAUAUUUUUAUCUAUUUCUCUCACAUUUCUAUAAAUUUUUCAAAAACCAACGGCAACUUAUUGCGAGUGCAGUUAAAAAGAAAAAACAAAGAAAAAUGGUAAAAAAUAUUGCGAGAAAAGAGAACCGAAGAGACAAAAUUUAGGCAACAUUUGGAUAACCCAACCCAUGAUUAUGAUUAUGGAGUAUGGACUACGGGUUGCUCACUUCCUCUUAUAUCAAUGAUCAAUAAAACUGCUUAUCCCGGUCACGGUUAAGAAGAGCAUACCAGUUGUUGACACCAUUACAAUUUACAUAUGACAGGGGCAACAAGAUUUCUCAGUGGUCCUUGUAUCAUCACAUUGCAAAAACAUGAAUUGAAUAAGAGAUCACCAAGAAAAGAACAGUUUUCUCAGCUUAUUCUUUCAAAAUUUCAGAUGAUAGUCUCACUAAAAAGUGAAGUUUGGAAGCAAAAAUUACCUAGAAAAGAACAUUGUUCUUGGCGAUCUUCUUUGUAUUGUUCUUCUGAGUUUUUUGAUUCACCGUAUCCUUACUUCUGCUCUCGUUUCAAUGGCUAUGGAGGAAUGCCCACAAGCUGUCCGUGUAUUGUUGCUUGUGUCUCAUCAUCAACCCCUUCUACUUCAUCAAAGUCCUAUAGACUCUAUGUCAGUGGUCUCUCCUUCCGCACAACUCAAGAAAGUUUACGAAACGCUUUUGAAAAGUUUGGCCAACUUGUGGAAGUGAACCUCGUGAUGGAUAAGAUUGCAAAGAGACCAAGGGGCUUUGCUUUCCUCCGUUAUGAAACUGAAGAGGAGGCUAAGAAAGCCAUUGAAGGAAUGCAUGGAAAGUUUCUUGAUGGCAGGGUAAUAUUUGUGGAAGUAGCUAAACCCAGGUCUGGUAUCCACAAGAGACAACAGACAUCUUGAGAAUAGAAUGCUGAGACACUGCUGCCGGCUAUGCAAUUGCAGUUAGCACUUAGAACUUGGCACUAGCAGUGUGAAUUUUGCUGACUGUUACCCACAGUGCUGAGGAAUUCAACAUGUACGUACUUUGAAGUACAUUUUUGUUAUCUUAACUUACCAAACUAAUAUAUUGGGGGCAGAGUAGCAAUUGCAAUGAUAGGAAUACCUUGUUCUAAAAAUAGAAUUCUUGGGACAAAGAGAGCAUUCAUUUCAAUGUAUAAAAAUUGAAUUGGUUGUUUCUCGAUUCCUCUACUGACAGAACCGGGGAAUAGAGGAGAGGGGAUGUGGAAGUAGUUUUUUAGGAGGGUGCCAUUUAGGAUUGAGACGAUGUUUAUCAAGUGCGGCUAACAAUCGGAGUUUAUUAUGGUAUGGGAAAAAUAGGAACGGAUAAAAGUUGGGGUUUGAAGGAUUUGAAGCAUUUAGGAGGUAAGAAUUAGAGGUAUUUGAAGACGAUGAUUUUUGAAAUUACAUUGCUAAUUGGCAUAAAAAUGUAAUAUUAAUGCCGAGAAAACUUAACUGCU